AUGACUGAAACGCGUCGAGAGAGACAAAAAAGCUUCUUGCUAAAUCACAUAAACCCUCGUCCUUCUAAUUUUUAUGGGAGGUUUAAUUAUCGUAGUCGUUCAAAUGCUCUCCGAGAUUAUGAAUUGCGACUAAGCCAAGUUUUGCAAGAAGCUCCACAAUCAGAAAAAUUAUUAAGUUUAAAGAGAAGCUGGGAAAAUCACGAAUACGAUGACGACUGGGCUUGUUAUGAGGAUGAGAAAAAUAUUCGGAAAGCUGAUAAAAAAGUAAAGAGAGGGAAACUCAAGGCACAUGUUGCAUUUAAUGAAAAUUUGGAUAAAAGGCUGAACAUUAAAAAACCAUCUGACAAAUUGGCAUCAUCUUAUAAAGAUCAUGGUGGAGCUUCAAAGAAAACAACCAAUAGUAACAUCGAUAAUAAGGAGAAUGAGGAUGGUAGUGAAAUUGAAGAAGUUAACGAAGUAAAGGCAAAACAUCUUGCAACCGAAAAAUCAAUCAAGGAAAAGGAGCCUUCUUCAACCAAUAUAACCAAUUACAAUAUAGAAGAGUUAAUACCUGUCGAGGAAUGCGAAGAAAUAGAUCAUCGAAAUAGAAACCCCAUCCAAUCCACAAAUGCCAAUGAUAACGGCAUAAACGAAGAUGAAUUAGAAAUUUCUGAUUUGACCGAAUUUGAUAGCACAUAUCGUAACCUGGAUCCACAGAAAAUGUGGAGGUUAAAGAGUGGUACCAUUGUCGAAAAAGUUAUAUAUGAACACGCACGAAACUUGACAUAUGAAUCGUGUCUGCAUUCAUUUAUUAUAAGUGAUGUUGACAAUAAAGCAAUGUCCUUAUUUAGCAAAGAAGAUUGGAAUGAAAUAUUGUCUUUUGAAGUUAAAAAGAUGCCAAACAUUGAUUCAUCAAUUAUCAAUCUUAUGAAAAAAUACUCAGUAACAGACUUAUCCAAGUUUCGAAAAGUUAUUUUUGAACCUUUUCUACCCACCAGCACAUCAUAUUCUAAUAAGGCGCAUUUUGAUUUAAAUUACAUUAAUCUCGCGUAUAGAAUUAUGCAUACAUUCUGGGAAGCUGAUGACAACUUUGCUCUGGACUCAUCAAAAUUAGAAGGAUGGUAUCAGUUAAAUAUAUGGGGUCUACUUAUUGACACUGCAUUUCGUAAUUCAAGUUUUAAUUUAAUACGAGUUGAUGGGAUGAGUAGAGCCUCAAGUGAUAGAAAAAACCAAACCAACCGUGAAAUGAAUCGGAAAAAGAUCGGAAGAAAAGGGGAUGGAAUAUUUAGGUUGAAAGGGAGCAGAUUAGAAUUUGGCGCAAUUGAAACUGGAAGAGAGUGGGAAGGUGAACAUGGAAGAAAAUAUAUUAAAGAUAGCUUGAAAUUACGUAAAAUGCUUCACGAUAUGUUAAUUCAACUUUCAAAAGAAUGCUACAAUGACGAAAAUAUCCUUAGAAAAUUACAAACUGUUGGGAUAUUAAACAGCGCGAAUCGGCUACAACUCCUGACUAUGGACAGUCCAAUGGGAUACGUCAGUCGAAUUCAGCAUCAUGAGUUUCGGGAGGUUACUGGUUAUAUAAAUAAACCACUAUUAGGGUUUGUUUUAAAAGAUAUACUAAGAGCGAGAUCAAUUAUUACACAGACAUUAGAAUUAAUUCAGGAGAGUGGAUCUAACAUCAACGGUCUUGAUGAUUCCGAUUCUGAUAAUGAAUACAAUAUAUCCACAAUCACUAUGCCACCAACCCGUACGAGUUUUUAA